CCGAGGUUGAACUAAAGGGGAGUCCCCGAUUGACCCCUCAUCUUAUCAAUCGCGCAAUUGUCAUCUAUCCUCAUUCAAGUUUACACCCCUUUAUUUUGUACUCUGUACUCUGCAUUUUGUACACCACACUACCCUGUUAGAGCAAAAUGGCCGACUACACCAAAGAAUCCCUCCAUGCCCUGGGUACUCCCGACCCAGAACUCUCCGAGAUCCUCAAAAAAGCUCCCACGCCGAACCCCGACUUAACCCUCGCCCAGCGACGCGAGGAAGCACACUUGCGAGAAAAUUACCGCUACAAUAAUAGCCCGACAUUCGACACGACAGAGUCUGUGGUGAAUAUUCCAAUGCGCGAUGGGUAUUCCAGCGAGACGCGUGUUUUCAAGCCCGCUCACCCCGCUGAGAACGGAACGCCGUUAGUCGCGUUGAUUUUUGGUGGAGGAUUUAUCAAUGGCUCGAAUAUCCAGCUUGUCGCUAUCGCACGGGCAAUUGCUAAGCUGUACGGCGCAACGACAGUGACGCUCUCGUAUCGUCUUGCGCCGGAAUACAAAUUCCCGACUGCCCCUUAUGAUAUCUGGGAUAGCGUAUCGUGGCUAGCAGAAAAUGCAUCAAGCCAAAUCGGAAACGUGGAUCUGGCAAAAGGUUUCGUGGUCGGUGGUGUAUCCGCCGGCGGCAACCUCGCCAUUGUGACGGCGCACAAGGCUCUAAAGCAGAAACUUGCCGCACCAAUCACUGGUGUCUGGGCUUGUAUCCCAGUUGGGCUCAGUGACUCCACCGUUCCCGAGCAAUACAAGGACCUCUGGACAUCGCGCGUGCAAAAUGCAAACGCGCCUUUUCUGAACACGCAAGCCAUCGAGAUUAUCAGUCAACUGUACCAACCUAUCGAGACCUCGGAGGACUACACGCCUUUUCCGGAUCCGGCGGAUCUCUCCUCCCUCUCGAGCAUCCCCCGCACGCACGUCCAAGUUGCCGGGCUAGACCCCCUCCGUGACGACGGAUUGAUCUACGAAAAAGCGCUAAGGCAUCACGGCGUCGAGACGAAGUUGGAUGUGUAUCCUGGUGUUCCGCAUGCGCAUUUCUCGGCGUUGCCGGGGUUAAAGGCGUCGUAUCAGAGUAGGAGGGAUACGUUGGUUGGAAUUGGGUGGUUGUUGAGGAGGGAGGUGGAUAUCAAGGCUAUGGAGGGUGUUGAGGAGGCGUGGGAGCCGGCGUUGCUUGGGACUGUUAGCUGAGUGUACAUAGAUUUAUGCCUGGAGUACCCUGGUACCCUGACAGUCCUAUCUAAUCUGAUACCGGUACACACUGGAAAAAUGACGUAGGGCUCCGCCGCAUCGGGAAGUGGAACCGCAAAAAUUUCAAGCCCCAAUUAUUUCCAGCACCAAAAAGAAAGAAAGC